AUGCACAGACAUGAAGGUAAGGGGAGCUUUGAAAAACCACAAAAAUGUGACAAGAAGAGGUCAACUGCACCUAAUAUUUCUGAUAUUAUGGAUAAAUUAGGAACUCAAUUGGGAAUAUAUGCUGUAUUAGACUUAGCUAAUGCUUUCUUUAGUAUUGAUAUCCAUCCAGAUAAUCAAGGCCAGUUUGCUUUCACGUGGGAAGGACGCCAAUGGACAUCCAUGGUUUUGCCAAUGGGCUACCUGCAUAACCCCUACCAUCUGCCAAAGAAUGAUUGUAGAAGACCUGGAAAAAUGGACAACUCCUCCAUCAAUUUGGAGGAGGCUACACCAUCCCUUAUCGCUCACUUACAGAGGAAGGGAUGGGCUAUAAACCAAAAUAAGGUCCAAGGACCUGGAUUAUCUGUCAAAUUCUUGGGUGUUAUUUGGUUGGGUAAGACAAAAGUAAUGAUCUCCAUGAAGAAAAUGAAGCAUGCUGUAAAAAAGACACUAUGGGAAGUGGUCAAAGCCUGGGGGCUACUGAUACAGUAUGCUGACAUUGUGAUUGCUUGUCAGAACUGUCCUGUCUGUGCAGAACGACAUCCAUGUAAGGUUCCACAAGGGAUGGGACAGGGAAUUUUGAAGGUUUGGUUUUGGGUUCUAGGUAAACUGAAGGAACUUAAUGGAACUGCACCUGAAGAGAAGAAGUUAACUGAGGAUGAUUUGAUACUUCUUGAAAAGAUUCUGUCUCUAAUAUGUAAUAGUUCUUCAGAAAAACCCACAGCCCAGCAAUUUCAGAUUUUGUGGAAAGCUAUUAACUGGCCUGAAGAUAUUGUCUUUCCUGCACUUGACAUUCUUCGGUUGUCAAUUAAACAUCACAAUGUGAAUGAGAACUUCUGCAAUGAAAAGGAAGGAGCUCAGUUCAGCAGUCAUCUUAUCAAUCUUUUGAACCCUAAAGGAAAGCCAGCAAACCAGCUGCUUGCUCUCAGGACUUUUUGCAAUUGUUUUGUUGGCCAGGCAGGACAAAAGCUCAUGAUGUCCCAGAGGGAAUCACUGAUGUCCCAUGCAAUAGAACUGAAAUCAGUGAGCAAUAAGAACAUUCACAUUGCUCUGGCUACAUUGACCCUGAACUAUUCUGUUUGUUUUCAUAAAGACCAUAACAUUGAAGGGAAAGCUCAAUGCUUGUCGGUAAUUAGCACAAUCUUGGAAGUUGUGCAAGACCUAGAAGCCACUUUUAGACUUCUGGUGGCUCUUGGGACACUUAUCAGUGAUGAUUCAAAUGCUGUACAGUUAGCCAAGUCUUUAGGUGUUGAUUCUCAAAUAAAAAAGUAUGCCUCAGUAUCAGAACCAGCUAAAGUGAGUGAAUGCUGUAGACUUAUCCUAAAUUUGCUGUAGCAAUGGGGAAUGGGGGCUGAGAUUUUAAAUUGAUUAGUGGUUUUUUUCUCACAUUUUACAUGACUGAUUACAAAUGAUAAAGAGAAUAUUGUGGAUUAAGUCAAAUUUCAGAUAUUGUAAAGUGGUGGGGAAGGGAAACAAAGGAGAAAUAAAAUUUUUACACUGAUGAACUCUGAAA